GUGUCCACUGAAGAAAACGAACGCUACACCAGUAUCAUCGACGAUAUACUCGCCAAAGCCGAUCUUGAGACAAUCUCUAGGAAGAAAAUCCGCCAGGGCCUACAGGAUGCGCUCGGUGGGCUCGACCUCAGCGAGCAGAAGGAUGCCAUCAAAGCCCUGAUUGAAGCGCGAUUCGACGCUGUCUCCAACGUUACUCCCGAACCUGCUCCCUCCCCCAAGAAGCGCUCCAAUGGCGCGACAUCCGAAUCACCUGCAUCGCCUGAGCCCCCGCGGAAAAAGGCCAAGCGGUCCGAGUCUGCAGAGGACGCGGACGCCCGCCUAGCCGCACAACUGCAGGAGCAGGAGAAUAGCCUCGCGCGCGGGAGGUCGACUCGUGGUGGCACGGAUAAGAAGACCAAGCCGAAAAAGGCUGCGGCCAGGAAGAAGAAGAGCUCCAACAAGAUCAGCACCAACGACGACAGCGAGAUCGAGGGCUCUGAUGGCGAGCCCAAGAAGAAGCGCAAGGCUGGAGGCGGCUUUCAAAAGCCCUUCAACCUGAGCCCUGCGCUUGCGGACAUUGUCGGCGAAAGCCAACUCGCUCGCCCAGCUGUGGUCAAAGGCCUCUGGGCUCAUAUCAAGAGCAACGAUUUGCAGGACCCCAACGACAAGCGGUCAAUCGUAUGCGAUGCCAAGCUCUACGCGGUCUUCAAGCAGGCCAAGGUCAACAUGUUCAGCAUGAACAAGGAGCUCGGCAAGCAUUUGUACCCCGUUGAGGAGCCGCCUGCCCAGGCCCGAGCUGAGUCAUCCGGAGUAGACUCGGAUGCAGUGCAGUGGCCGAGCUCUGUCCCCUGGAAUGCCGUCAGCCCCCCACGCGCUGGAGGCGAUAAUUUUCAAAAAAGACCUGAACCACCCCGUCCCUUCUACGACCACCACUUACUCCGAGUCCCAGCGUGUCAAAGAGACACUUGCAACCCGAUUGUCCCAACUACGCCCGCGAUGGAAGCAUCAUCGACCGGGGCGAACGGUUCAGCAGCCCAAGCCCCGAACCCAUCUACAGGCUCAAAGCAAGGCAGAGGAGGUCGUGGCCGAGGUGGACGGUCAAGAGGGCGAGGAGGAGGAGGUCCGAAUCGUCGACAGCAACCUGCCCCCGAAGCACAAGAGCAACCUGCCAAUCCCAGUGCACAGGCGCUCGCGGCCGUAGCGAGGCCCAAAGUUGCUGUCCAAGAAGACAAUGUACCAGACGACGCCGAACUAUGCUUCAUCUGUGCGAAUGUCGUCUCGCACCAUUCCAUUGCGCCAUGUAAUCAUACAACCUGCCACAUCUGUGGCUUGAGGAUGAGAGCGCUGUACAAGGACAAGAAUUGCGCACACUGUCGAACACCCGCGCCAUUCGUCAUCUUCGCUCAAGACGCCACAAAACGCUUCGAGGAGUUCACCGAUGCAGAUAUGAGCACAGUCGACGAGAACAUUGGUAUCAAGUACGCCAACGAGGACAUUGUCGGCGAUACCGUUCUCCUGCUUCGAUACAACUGCCCCGACCCCGACUGCGACUUUGCAGGGCUAGGCUGGCCAGAUCUCCAUCGCCAUGUGCGCUCCGCCCACCGGAAGCGCAUGUGCGACCUGUGCACCAGGAACAAGCGGGUCUUCACCCACGAGCAUGAACUCUUCGCGGACAAGGAGUUGGAGAAGCACAUGCGCCGUGGCGACGAUAAGCCUGGUGCUGCUGACCAGACUGGCUUCAAAGGCCAUCCAUUGUGCGGAUUCUGCGGAGAACGGUUCUACGACGACGACAAAUUAUAUGAGCACUGCCGGAUGAAGCAUGAGCGCUGCUUCCUCUGCGAUAGGCGAGACGCACGACACCCCCACUACUAUCAGGACUACAACGCGUUGGAGGCGCAUUUCAAAAAGGAUCACUACCUUUGUGCGGACCGCGAGUGCCAGGAGAAAAAGUUUGUCGUAUUUGAUACCGAAAUGGACCUUCAAGCGCAUCAACUGGCGGAGCAUGGAGGAAAAGCCAGUGGACGUGAGGCACGGACGGUUGAUAUCUCUGGAUUCGACAUUCGAAGCUCUUUCCAGCCCGAAAGGCGAGGCGGACGUGAAGGUGGAAGGGAACGAGGACGUGGCCGCGAGGGUAGAGGCAGGGGAAGGGACCAGAAUGCCGACGUUGCGCCAGCGACAACACCCCAGGCCCUCAGGAGAGACGAGAUUGCCUUCCAGAGGCAAAUGGCCAUUCAUUCGGCCCAGUCCGUCUCGAAUCGUACUUUUGGUGGACAACUGUCAGCAGGAGGCCCUGCGUCGUCGACCACUCCAUCGGGGUCCAGGGGCAACAGUCAGUCCACCACGCCUCGACCACAGGCUACCAACAUCGAUCCCAUGGACACCCAUACGCCCAUUGACCCAGCAAAUAUGACGUCUGCGGACAGAGCUCGCCUCGUUCGCCAUGGCGCUGUCAUCGAACGUGCCGCGAACCUUUUGGGCAAUGACGCGCAAAAGAUGGCCACGUUUCGCGACUCGGUCUCGUCCUACCGAAAGAACAAGCUCACAGCCCCUCAGCUGGUCGACGCGUUCUUCGGGCUGUUUGCCGACACAGCGUCGAGUGCACUCGGUACUCUUGUCAAGGAGGUCGCGGACCUCUUUGAGGACUCGAGCAAGUCCAGUGCCCUCAAGGCGGCCUGGCAGGACUGGAGGGCCAUCAACGAGGAUUACCCAAGCCUGCCUGGGUUGAGUGGCAUGCACGGCGCAACCGGCUGGGCGAACGCUGCGAGCGCCAACCCGUCCCAGCCAGGGGGCGCGCCGGCACAGAAACACUCCAACAGAGUGCUCAAGCUCAAAAACAGCACGCGCCUCGGCGGUCCUUCGCCCGUGCCGGGCGUCUCCCCACCAGGGUGGACUCCUCGCCACAGCUCCUCCAAGCCGGCUGCUUCGUCGUCGUCGUCCUCGGCAUUCCCCUCCCUCCCAUCAGCUGGACCGUCCAGGGCGAGUGCCUCGUCAUCAUGGACCCCGGCAGGCAGUGUAUCAUCGCAGCCAGCAGCACGAGCAGCCCCCGAAUCCACGACCUUGCCGCGUCGACCAGCGCCCCGAGCUGCCGCUGGCGGGGACAACUUCCCGGCGUUGCCAGCCGCGCCGAAGCCGACGACGACUAUCUGGGGCUACGGCACGGGACGAGGCAUACGACGCGAAACACCGGGAGAGACAGGUUUCUCAUGGACCGGCGGGAGUGGCUCAGCUUCGCCGGCCACUGAGGAGGCACCCGAGAACACAGGUGGGAAAAAGGGCAAGAAAGGCAAGAAAGUUCUCGUCCAAUGGGGAUGA